UGGACCUCUUUCAGUACUCGUCUAGUCUGUAAUCUAGAACCAUCUUUCCAAGUGUUAAGCUUAGUUUAAGAAUAGCUGAAGAAAAAAAAUCAUUUUACCCAACAAUCGUUAGUUUUUUCGCAAUUUAUCCGUAGUGAUCACAUUAAAAAAAAUCUCACGAUAUGGAGAAUAGUGCAAAUUUUUCACGGUUCAACCACCGCAAUUCGAUUUUGUGGUGACAAAAAAGAAGACGUGAAAAUUUUCAUCUACAAUCGACAAAUAUUGUCAUUCUCUAAGACGAAAAAGUCACUAAAACUUAAAUUGAACCCGAAAAUAAAUCGAUUAUAUCACAAUUGUGUGCAAAGUGUACAAGUGUAGUCUUUUGUAUUUGAUAAGGAUGAACAUUUUGUUAUAUAACGCAUUGCAACUUGUCUCGCUACUAUUGCGUCGGCUAAGAAAAACAAAUAUACAGUAAGGAAGUGUCUUGCCCUUCCUCAUCGAGUGACAUUGCGGGUGGAAUUUUAUAAAAAAUUAACACAGUGAAUCGCGACAUUUGAAUGGUUUACAAUCCUCCCAAAAGCGAGUAACCACCCCCUCGAAAUUAUACCCCUAUCCCAAUGACUUCAUACAUUCUCUUUCCCAAAAUAGACCGUAGAAAGUAGCAAUUCUUUCGAGUUAAAAAUUCCUCACCAGAGAAUAUAUUUAGGAAUCAUAAAGAAGUAUAAAAGAGAAAAAUUUAUGCUAAAAAGCACGUGAAUGGUUCAAUGUGAGUUAUGCAAUAAUACAACGACUGCUACACUAUUCGGCAGCGACAGUGGCGACCUCAGUUGCUGCUCCCCACUCCGAUUGGCGCAUGUGUUGGUCGAUUCUCCGUCGUUUCAACAUUUGAAGUGGAUGCCGGUGCAGGGAGAAAAGAGACAAUUACGACGUGAGUGAGAUAGAAAGCAACCGGUGACUGCCUAUCCAUUCAUUGCUGUUGAAGUGUUUAAAAGGAUAUAGAUCGAAGGAGAUUCGUCAAAUUGAAAACCCUACAACCCUAUAAAACCCCAAUCGAACGACCCUUAAGGAGAUUAUCCAAGCUAAAAUUGGCAACUUUUCCACGUGCGACAGAGACAACAUAGAGAAUAAGAUAUGGUUAAGAAAGGGACAAAGAAGAAAACUAAAUGGCAUUCACUCCCCAUGGAGGAGACCAGUGGCGCCACACCAGUUACUGUGGGAAAUCACCGAGACCAAACAUUUGUGGACAAACCCUUUUCCGCGUGGCGACUAAACACAAAAUCCUCAUCGACAUCAUCUCAAACCUCAACACAAUCAAAUGGGGACAAUUCAACAAAAAUUCCCAGUGAAACAUCGAAUAAUUCACACGUAAAUGGAUACCAUCAACCUGUGGAUCAUCCAACUCGACCACCUAGUCAUCGAAGACGCAAUUAUCAAAAUUCCUACCACGGGGGUGGACGACACUAUGGGCAGAGGGUGUCAUCUUCUACCAAUUACAGGAAUAGCUACUCAGGACAGAGUACUAACAAUAGGGAAAAUUCGAAACUUACAUUCAAUGAAGACGAAUACACGCGAAUAACGACGCCCCGCCAGGAUGUUCUGUUCAAGAAGGGCUACUUGUCGCGCCCCAAGAGAUUCACCCCAUUCAACAAUGCACCCAUCAGUGAUCCUGCCACCACCCCCUCAUCUUCAGGUUCUGGAGCAGUCAGUGUGACCUCAAUGGAUGAUUCGGCAACACCCAGUACACAAUCCGUAACCCCCGAACACUGUCACAGUACGUCGGAGCCAUCAGAUGGCGACUACCCAUUCAUGUAUCCCGGAUUUUUCGAUCAAAAUGGAAUUUUAUACGUGAAUCCAUACACAACUUUCGAUCCCUACGGAAAUGGUCAAAUGUUGAUGAUGCCUUAUGCAGUGAACAAUCUGGGUUCAAUGGAUAUGUAUAACACACCAUUAAAGCCUUAUGAUGCUCCGUGUUCAUCUAUUGACUCACAAAUUACUUCCCCUGGUUCGGCAAGUCCGCACAAUGAAGAAUCGCCUGAAGGAACUCCACCAAUUGCCGAAGAAAGUACCGACGAAGCAGUCGAUGAUGAAAAUAAAAGUGAAAUAUCGCAUCUCAAUCCGGAUUCCACUAACUUCUAUCCACAAUCUAUCCCACCCAUCCCACCACUCUACCAUCCACCGACUACCUUUUUCUACACCCCCUACAUAAUUGGCUCACAAAUGAUGCCACUCUGCGAUGAUGCACUUGCCUACAAUGACCUUCUUCCGAAUGAAACUGAGGAUAGUAGUUGCAUCAAUGAGGAAGAAAAGGACGCAAAGACACCGACAAAGGGAGCUAAUUCAGCUGAUGCCACAUUGGAUGAAGGUGGAGUAGCUCAGAAUGAUGAAAGUGACGCAGGUCGUCAAAUCUCCCCAGAAUCUUCAUCGAAUGGUUGUGCAGAGAUCCCCAAAGAAGCUCAAAUUAAUAAUGUGAUACCACAGGAAAAUGUGAAUGGUGCAUUCAAGAGUACCCUAAAUGUGGAAGUGCAGGAAUUCCACCCAAGAUACUACCGCAGUCGUCCCCAGCCCACAGAGAAAGUGCAUGCAAAGGAUGAGGGAUCUGCUGGUUCUAAAGAUAAUGCCAAGAGUGAGAAGAGUCGAAAGGAGAGUGUUGGCAAGAAGAAACCAAAUCAGCCGUACAGUCAACUGGUUACUAAUCGAAAACUCCUUCAGGAAGCCACAAAAUCGAUUCAGGAGCAGAAUAUUGAUCUUCUGAAGAAGAAUUCCCUCACGAUGUCAGCCAAUGGGGUUCCCAGUGACACCAAAUGGCAGACAGUUGUGAAGCCUCGUGGACGAAAGGGACGAGUGGCAUUUGAGGAUAUAAAUGACGAAGGCAGUGAUCCAGAGGAAUCACAGCAAAAUGUAGAGAAUGAGAAAUUGGGGAUGAAGGAAAAUGAGAAAUUAUUGUGUGAAAUACCACAGAAUUCAUCUCCGGCAAAUGGUAAAAAUAGCUCGAGCAAAAAGGGAAAGCCCAAGAAGAAGAGUGUGGGAAAGAAGAGCAAAAAACAGCGACAGUCCGUAGGUUUUGAAGUGAUUGAGCCAGAUUUUGGGCGGAUUGUCCUCAACAAAAAGACUGAAAUAACCCAGGAUGAGUGUGAAGACUCAGAGGUUGAUGAAAUUGGUGCUACACGUGCUGAUGAGGAAGUGGGAAAGGAAGAGGAGGUGAUGGUGGUUGAAAGAACUGAGGACAACAUUAUUGAUGUCUGUGAUGAUGCAGAAUGUCGUGAACUUGAGGCUGAACUUCAGCAUAUUGAAUGUAUACUGAAUAUGGGAGUUGAAUCCCAUUUGGAGGAUGUGACUGAGUCUGAGAAUGUCUACAAUGGAACAUCUACAUCCUCUCCACUUCCAGAAGAGGUUGUAAAUGUUCCAGAAAUUGUUGAGGAUGUUGCAGAGGCAUCAAAUGAAACUGUUGAGGAUGAUGGGAGCGUAUUUGAGUGCAGGGAAGAAGCUAAUCCGGUAGAGACAUGUAAGGAGGACAGAGAAGAAAUUCAACAGGAAGUUCAUGUUGACAUUGCGGAAAGGCAGAAAAUCUCAUUACUCGAAGCUGUUACUCAAUGGUUGGAUGAGAAACAGAGGAUGAAUUCGACAGAGGAACUCUUCAAAUUGCCAGAAGAUCCUGCCAUUCUGCAGCGACUCCUUGAAUCUGCCUUCGUGGACAUGGGCAGUGAGACAAGCAAUGAAACCGACUCAGAGGCAGAUGCAUCGGACAAUGACAAUUCUCUGCCACCUCCGGUGCAACUGAAGAAUCAAAUGAGCCUCUCAGAGGAUGAUUCAAUUGACACCGACAGUGACUACCAAAGUGAUGGUCAGGGGAAACGAAUGACUUCGAUAUCAUCAUCAGAGUCAUAUUCCCCACAACAGAAAUCACCGGAAAUUGUAAAGACAACUGAUUCUCAGUCAAAACUGGACAAUGAGGCGCAUGUACUGACAACAGGAUCUCCAACAUUAAAUGUAACUUCGGUAAAUUCACUUAAUCAUAGCUCUAGUAACUCAAUCAUUAAUGUUAACUCACAAAAUGCCACGCUUCAAAAUGAUACAUAUACCAAAUCACCCGUUCUGUGCAUUCUAAUGUAAAGACAUCCAAAUUGCAAAAAAAAUCAUACGAAUACCAAAAAGAAAAAUACAAGAAAUAGCCAUAAUCGAGAACUAAACGCUAAAUAAUUAGACAUCCUCAAAAGUAAUUUAAAAUCUAUCAAAAAUAAAUAAAUAAAUAAAAAAGCGUAGGGAUUAAUAAAAUUCAUUUCUAAAAAAAAAAAACGUAACUGAAGUCUUAAGGCAAUGAAGUUUUAUUUAAAAUAUAGUUUUCUGGGCUUCGCAAGUAACCCAAAUUUUUUUUUUAACCCUUUACGUCCUUUUAGAAAUUUAUGAAGUUAAACGAGAAACUUUUUAAUUUCUCCCUUUAUUUCACAAUUUACAUGUAAUAAUUAGAUAUAUUUAGAAUAUUAUAUGCUUAGGAAUUUAUAUUUCAAUGAAUUUUGAGAAAAAAAAAACAAAUGAAUUAUGUUAAAAGAUUUUUUUUUGAUGAUGAAAUUUGUGUGUAAUGCGAAAAUUCCUUUAUGGUCGAUUUUAAAUUAACGAUUUGAAAAAGGAAUAAAGAAGAACUCUGAAAUUUUAUUAUAAUGAAAAAAAAAGUCAUCUAUUAAACGCUAAAUAGUGUUAUGAAAAUACAAAAAAAAUAUUGAAAUGAAUAAUUGUUACGAAAAUCAAUAACAUUUGAAAUAUUCUAUAAAUGAAAUAACGUUGAAAAA